AUGCUGUGGAGCAGGAAGUUUCGCGCGUUGCGGCGUAAGCGUAUCACAGUUAGCGUCAUCCGCCAUGACGCCGAGUCCGACAUCAUCAACCUAGAAGUCGGCGGCGACAUGAACCUCGAGCUGCUGAAAGCUAUCAUCGAAAGCGAGACAAACCUGGCCCCGGAAGCGCAACAGCUUGUAUACAACAACCAGCUCCUCCAUAACCCCGCACAAACACUGGACCAGGUGGGCAUCGUUGAGGGCGAUAUGAUUUACGUGGCUCCCGGUGGCCCUCAGCAACAACAAUCCUCCGCCCCUGUAGCCGGUCCUAGCUCCGGUCCCUCUCGCCCCAACCCGGCGGGCAUGCCAGACCCAGAGACUAUCCGUCUACACAUCCUCGGUGACCCGCGGGUGCGUGAGGCCGUGCGUCGUCAGAACCCCGAUUUGUCAGAGGCUGCCGAUAAUCCUCAACGAUUCCGCGAGGUGCUGUUUUCUCAGCAGAAUAGGGAGGCGCAAGAGAAGGCGCAGAAAGAAGCCCGCAUUGCCAUGCUUAACUCUGAUCCGUUUAAUCCUGAUAACCAACGUGAGAUCGAAGAGAUUAUUCGCCAGAAUGCUGUCACCGAGAACUUGCAUAAUGCCAUGGAGCACCACCCCGAAUCUUUUGGCCGCGUGACAAUGCUCUACAUCCCCGUCGAAGUCAACGGGCACCGGCUGAACGCCUUCGUCGAUUCCGGCGCCCAGGUCACAAUCAUGUCCCCCGAGUGCGCGACAGCUUGCAACAUCAUGCGACUGGUAGAUCGACGUUACGGCGGUAUCGCCAAGGGUGUUGGCACCGCGCCGAUCCUGGGCCGUGUACACAGUGCACAGAUCAAGAUCGGCGAGAUGUUCCUGCCCUGUUCGUUUACCGUGAUGGAAGGCAAGCAGAUCGAUCUGCUGCUGGGGCUUGACAUGUUACGACGACACCAAGCCUGUAUCGACCUUCGGCGCGGCGCGCUCGUGAUCCAGGACCAGGCCGUCCCAUUUUUGGGCGAGGCCGAUAUCCCCAAGCAUCUGACAGACGAGUUUGAGGAUGAGCCAACGGUCAAGGGACCCGAUGGGGCGGAGAUCGGUGCCCGAACGGGCGCUGUAACGCACCAAGCAGAAGGCUCUGGAGCCGCGUCCAGCAGCAAUACUGCGCCGGCGCCGAAGAUCAACAUCCGGCCUGCUAACCCCCCAGCCCCGUCAUCCCGGUGGCCGCAAGACUCUAUUGCUAGGAUUACCGAACUAGGCUUCACGCGGGAAGAAGCGGUGCGGGCGCUGGACGCAGCCAACGGAGAUCUGGACGGAGCAAUCGGAUUCUUGAUCUAG